AUGAUGAACUUUAAAAGAUGCAUAAAGGAGCCUACUGUGUAUCUCAAGAAUGACAAUAAAGAAAGUCUGGUAGUUGCAAUCUAUGUUGAUGACUUGUUUGUGACAAGAACUUCACAAAAAGUCAUUGAUCAGUUUAAAAGGGAUACGUCAAGAGAGUUUGAGAUGUCAGACCUCGGAAAUUUGACAUAUUAUCUUGGUAUUGAAGUAGUACAAGGAACAUAUGGGAUAAGAAUAAAACAAGAAGGUUAUGCUCAAGGUAUUCUUAUCGAUACUAAGAUGGAUUCGUGUAACUCAGCGCAUAUACUAGUGGAUCCUGGUAUGGAGAUAUCAAAGGUUGAAGACCAACCUGAAAUUGAUGCCACAAGAUAUAGAAGAACGAUUGGGUUUUUAAGGUAUCUGCUUCACACACGUCCUGACUUAGCUUUUGCUGUAGGAGUUUUGAGCCGGUAUAUGCAGAGUCCGAUAGAGGUUGUUGGAUACAACGACAAUAGUUACAAAGCUGAUAUCGAUGAUGGAAGAUGUACUGGAGGUCAUGUGUUUUAUCUUGGUUCAUCAUUAAUCACUUGGACUUCAUAA